UCUCCCUCCUUCCUUCCAGAACAAUCUGUGCAACUACCAUGGCUAGGGCUCCAACCAAGCACGGUCGCGACGAAGCUCUGGCUUUCCAGGGGUUUUUGAAUGAUUUGCAGGAUUGGGAAUUUUCCCUCGAAGACAAGGACAAGGACAAGAAAAUGAAAGCUCAAGCUUCCGACAAGGGAAUAUCGGUUUCAUCUUCCAAGAAGAUUGGAGAAGCUGGCAAAGACAGGAAAGCAGCAGGAAAAUCAUCGACGUUUGAAUAUUUAAGUAGCUCAAUGCCGUAUGACUACUCUAGAAAAUAUGACGCAAUUAAUCAAGUGUCAAGUAGUUCAAUUUCCGAAGACAGUUACACGGAUGCAGCUUCAGAGAAGGAAUUGGGCAAUGAGUAUUUUAAGCAGAAGAAGUUUAAGGAAGCUAUUGACUGUUAUUCCAGAAGCAUCGCCUUGUCAUCAACUGCAGUAGCUUAUGCAAAUAGGGCAAUGGCAUAUCUUAAACUAAAAAGAUUUCAAGAGGCUGAGGGUGACUGUACAGAGGCCUUGAACAUGGAUGACCGUUACAUCAAGGCAUAUUCUAGACGAGCAACAGCUAGAAAAGAACUUGGAAAACUUAAAGAAUGCAUUGAAGAUGCCGAGUUUGCCUUGCGGUUGGAGCCUAACAACCAAGAAAUCAAGAAACAGUAUUCUGAGGCCAAAUCUUUGUGCGAGAAAGUAAUUCUUCAGAAGGCUUCUGUAGCACUGGAAAAUACCGUACAAAAAAUGCAGAAAGCAGAAAAGAAAGAUACCAAAGUGCAGAAUAAUGGGAUCCAGCCUGUUGAAAGUGCUACUCAAAAGACUGAAGCAGCUGUAGCUGAAGAUUACACAAAGAUAAACCAAACAGCUAAAAAGCAAGAGCCAAAGGCAUCAGUGCAAGAGCUCGCAUCUCGAGCUGCAUCCCGAGCUAUGAAUGGAACUGCAAAAAACAUUAGAUCACCAACUUCAGCUUAUCAGUUUGAGGUUUCUUGGCGAGGACUUUCUGGUGAUCGUGCUUUACAGGCUAGUCUACUGAAGACUGUAUCUCCAGGAGCUUUACCUCAGAUAUUCAAGAAUUCUUUGACCGUUCCAAUUCUAGUUGACAUUGUCAAGUGUAUUGCAACUUUUUUCAUCGAAGAAAUGGAUGUAACUGUAACUUUUCUGGAGAACUUGACCAAGGUCCCAAGGUUUGACAUACUCGUCAUGUGUCUCACUUCCAAAGACAGAGCAGAUCUUGUUAAGAUAUGGAACGAGGUAUUUUGUAAGGAGGCAACUCCAAUUGAGCAUGCAGAGAAACUAGAUAACUUGCGUUCGAAGUACUGCCUCAAGCGAUAAUAAAUGUGAAAUGAGAUUUAGAGGGCGGUGUGUGUGAGAUCUCAAUUUCCAGUCUGCUCUAUCUCCUCUGUAAAUCAUUUUUGUAAGACAUUGAAAUGGUCCAUUUUCCUUUAGUUAAGACACUUUGUAAGUUUAUAAGCCAAGUUUUUUAGGUUCUGAAAUUUGAUCUUGACUAACUGUUGUAUUGUGUACAGUCCUCUUUGUUUGCAAAUGCAACUUUCUGACCCCCUUUGAAAGGGUUUAUAAUUUAU